CAUGUAGGUCCUACCGGUCAGCGAACCAGCCCUAUCCCAAGUGUCCUCUCUCUAGAGCCAGCCAGCCGUGGCGAAACUGCCAGACGGCCGGGUUCUGCGGCGAGCACAGACGCAGGAGAGCAGCGCACUCGCCUCUCCACUCGUCAGGCAUCAUCACCGCCAUCUCCAGAGGCUUGGAAGGCCAUGGCGGAACCUUCCAGAACCUCGGAGGCCCGCCGGGACGCCGUGUUCGGGCGGUGGGUCGUCUUCUCGCCGGCGCGCUCGCGCCGCCCCACCGACCUCAAGUCCCACAGCCCCACCACCAACCCUAGCCCCAGCCCGGGCUCGGCGGUGGCCGACGACGCGCUGGCGCCGCCCAAGCCGGCCUGCCCCUUCUGCGCCGGUCGCGAGUCCGAGUGCGCGCCCCAGAUCUUCCGCGUGCCGCCCGACGCCACCGCGCCGUGGCGGAUCCGCGUCAUCCAGAACCUCUACCCCGCGCUGCGCCGCGACGUGGAGCCGCCGCCGUCUGUGCUGCCCGAGGGGGAGGAGGCUGCCCCGGACGGGGACGAGCCCGGGGAGCGGGCCGUCCGCGGGUUCGGCUUCCACGACGUGGUCAUCGAGACGCCGCGCCACGACGUGCGCCUCUGGGACCUGGACGCCGAGGGCGUCCGCGACGUGCUGCUCGCCUACGCGGAGCGCGUGCGGCAGCUCGGUGAGCACCCCGCGGUGAAGUAUGUUCAGGUGUUUAAGAAUCAUGGGGCAUCUGCUGGAGCUUCGAUGGCACAUUCACACAGCCAAAUGUUGGGAACUCCCUUUGUCCCUCCCUCUGUUACAACUCGGCUUAACUGCAUGAAGGAGAUUUUUGACAGAUCAGGGAACUGCAGCCUUUGUGAGACGAGGUCCAAAGAUAUCCUGAUCAGUGAAACACCUAAUUUUUCUGCCAUUGUUCCUUUUGCAGCAUCAUAUCCAUUUGAGAUAUGGAUUAUUCCUCGACAACAUAUUUCUUAUUUUCAUGAAAUCGAUCAGGAUAAGGCACAGGAUCUUGGAUCUCUGUUAAAGACUAUGCUGCAAAAGUUGUCUAAGCAGCUCAAUGACCCACCAUUCAAUUUUAUGAUCCACAGUGCACCAUUUAGGCUUUCAUCAUCCUGCCUGCCUUAUACACACUGGUUCCUCCAGAUCGUGCCCCAGUUAAGCACAAUAGGCGGAUUUGAGCUUGGAAGUGGGUGCUACAUCAAUCCAGUUUUCCCUGAAGAUGCUGCAAAGAUUCUUCGGGAACUUGACUGCUCAGUCUAGUGGUUGUCAACAUCUAACCGUUUACUAGAUAGGAACGAGGGAUAUGUUCCUCUAUACUUUUCUCAGAAGCAAAAAUACCAUGCUAAUAAAAACUUGAUAUGUAACAUCCGGCUCUGCUUUGGCGAGGGAGAUCUGCUGGGGUAUCUUUCUUGCCCUUAUUCAAACAGUUCUGCAUGCCAAGUUUGCCAAGUUGGGCUUCUUUCUUGGCCCUGAGAUUGAUGUUGCCUGUUUGUACAGACUACAGAGUGGUUAAAAACAGAGUUUUUGUUUGAAGAGUAAUAAAUUGUUUGAUAUCUUUUUAUCUGA